UCGCGGGCAGUGCCAAAUGCCUGGGGAUAAGACAGCCCUCCAUCUCCGGGGCACCUCCCCUCCCGGCUGCUUUUAUGGGCUGCCCGUUGGUCCCUGCCUUUGCUUUUGACGCCCCUCGCCCCUCGGAGAGGUUGUCGCCACCCUGACGGAGACAGGGCCCCCCUCGGCCAACUCUCCGGGCUGCCUGCCUGUGUCAGCAAAGAACCCAGACGUCCUUGCCCCCCGGAGCCCCCUGCCCUGACAGCCGCCUUAAAGGCAAAGGCGGGAGAGGGGGAGGAAGGGAGGAGAAGAGGGCCACCUCUCCUUCCGCAGCCGUCUUCCAGGGGCCGGGUUGACUUUCUGCGUUGCCGGGGGAAGGACAAAGGACCAGGGAGCCCAGAGGGAAGUCUCCACUAUUCAGUCUCCUUCUCUCCUCCUUCAGUUUGGGGCUUCCUCUCCGGGAAGGUCAGGCAGGAUGAAGUGGCUUGGGGUGGCCCUCGUGGCCUUGCUGCUGGCCGCUUUUGGCCCGCUGGGCCGGGGCGAAGACGGGCUGGAUUUCCCCGAGUACGACGGCAUCGACCGGGUCAUCGACGUCAACGCCAAGAACUACAAGAACGUCCUGAAGAAGUAUGAGAUCCUGGCUCUGCUGUACCACGAGCCCAUCGGGGACGACAAGGCAUCCCAGAAGCAGUUUGAGCUGGAGGAGCUGAUCUUGGAGUUAGCAGCCCAAGUCCUGGAGGAGAAAGGCGUGGGAUUUGGCCUGGUGGACGCAGAGAAGGAUGCCGCGGUGGCCAAGAAAUUAGGCCUGGGGGAAGAAGACAGUGUGUAUGUGUUCAAGGAUGAUGAAAUCAUCGAGUACGACGGGGAGUUUUCUGCCGACACUUUGGUGGAGUUCAUCCUCGAUGUGAUGGAAGACCCAGUGGAGUUCAUUGAAGGGGAACAUGAGCUUGAGGCGUUUGAGAAUGUUGAAGACGAGCCCAAACUGAUCGGCUACUUCAAGAACGAAGACUCGGAACAUUUCAAGGCCUACGAAGACGCGGCUGAGGAGUUUCACCCCUACAUCGAUUUCUAUGCCACCUUUGACAGCAAGGUUGCAAAGAAGUUGUCCCUGAAACUGAACGAGAUCGAUUACUAUGAGCCUUUCAUGGAGGAACCGGUCACGAUCCCAGACAAACCCAACAGUGAGGAAGAAAUUGUCCAGUUUUUGGAGGAGCACAAGAGGCCCACACUGAGGAAGCUCCAGCCAGAAAGCAUGUAUGAGACUUGGGAGGAUGAUAUAGAUGGCAUCCAUAUUGUUGCUUUUGCAGAGGAAGACGACCCUGAUGGUUAUGAGUUCCUGGAAAUCCUGAAGGACGUUGCCCAAGACAACACAGACAACCCAGACCUCAGUAUCAUCUGGAUCGACCCCGAAGACUUUCCACUGCUGAUUCCCUACUGGGAGAAGACUUUUGACAUUGACCUGUCCCGGCCUCAGAUUGGCGUCGUCAACGUAACGGACGCUGACAGCAUAUGGCUGGAGAUGGACGAUGAGGAUGACCUGCCAUCCACAGAGGAGUUGGAAGACUGGAUUGAGGAUGUGCUGGAAGGAGAGAUCAACACGGAAGACGACGAUGACGAUGACGACGAUGACGACGACGACAAUGAUGAUGACGACGACUAGAGGCUCCCGUUCUUCGUGGAAGGCGGACCCUGCCUGUUGAGGUCCACCUGCAUCACACCUGUCCCCAGAGUGUCCCUCGGGGGCCGCAGUGCCAGGCGCCUCUGGCCGACACGAAAUUCAACGCUUUGCCACCAGACCCUAGCAAGAACGUAUUUUUAUAUUGAUCCUAUUUAAGUCAAGGGCCCCCACCCUGUGCUGAACCCCACGUGUCCCCCCCCAGGGACCCCGCUCCACCCUCUGCCAGCGCAGGGGUGGUUGUUGGUGCUGACCCCUCCCCUUUCCGCAUUAGGUUGCCAGGUGUCCUUCAGGCACCUGAGGAUGCUGUUCCUGGAUGGACCAUCAGUUUUCCCUGGGAUGUUAAGCCCAGCUCAGGUUUCCCAGGUGAAUCUCAGGAACGGGCAAGGCUCUUUGCCUGUUCCUGACCUUAGCAUCCUGGUUUAUCAGGGCACUUGAUGGACCCCCAACUCAGCACAGGCAGAGAUGUGUGUGACCCAACCCUGUGCUGUCGGCCCAGUGAAUUUCCCAUCAUGUCUCUCUCUGUGUGUGUGUGCUUCCCCUGUGACGUCCACUCUGACUGGCAGGGGCUGUCCAGGCAGGGAAUCUUUUCUCAGCCCUUCCUGGUGAUGCCACUGGGAUGGGAAGGGUGAAACCUGGGACCUUCUGGACGCAGA